CGCAAUUUGAUUGGCGGUUCAAUAAAACUUAACCUCAAAUACAAAAAAUAUGGUGCAAAUGCCCAUAUUCAAGCACGAUUCGCAAAGUUCAUUAUAAAUGGAUCAAUUUCACAUCGAAAUGCGUACUAAUUCGCACUUCGUCCGCGAAUUUUAUUAGAAAUGUGCCUUAGGAUGUCAAAGAAUCAACUGAUAGCAAUUUUGACAAGUGACAUUGACAGAUUCAUAUCUUAAUUCAAACAUUUGACAUUCGAACUUUAUUUUUCAUUUUGAUAGGAAAUUGUUUAUAUUUCAAAACGAUUAAAACAGCCUCAAUAGAUAGAUAUUAAAAAUGAGUGGAGGAAAAGAAGCUAUGGAAAUAGAAGUGGAAACUGUACCAACUGCAGAGAGCUCAAAAUCAUCUAUGGACACCUCUACCGAUGUAACCAAAAAUGUGAUGGCAUCAGGAGCCGUAGGAUCCAUAACUUGUUCGCUGCAUCCCCUUGUAAUUAUGAAUGUUUCUGAACAUUGGACAAGAGAACGAGCACAGGAAGGCUCUGUACAACAAGUAAUCGGAGCGUUGAUUGGUAAACAGAAAGGUAGAAAUAUUGAAAUAAUGAAUUCUUUUGAACUAGUAUUCAGAGUUAUAGCAGGUGAUAUUGUUGUGGAUAAAGAUUAUUAUAACAUGAAAGAGGAACAAUUUAAACAAGUGUUCAGUGAUUUAGAUUUUAUUGGUUGGUAUACGACAGGUGAUGCUCCAAAUAGUAUGGAUAUUAAAAUACAUAAACAAAUAUGUGAAAUUAACGAAUCACCUAUCAUGAUGAAGCUUAAUCCUUAUGAUAAAAAUAUAGAACAUCUCCCAGUAAACCUUUAUGAAUCUGUGAUAGAUUUAAUAAAUGGUGAAGCUACAAUGUUGUUUGUUUCUUUGACAUAUACUCUAGCUACUGAAGAAGCAGAACGUAUUGGUGUUGAUCAUGUAGCUAGAAUGUCUGCCACUGACUCUGGUGAAAGUUCUUUAGUAGCUGAACAUCUCACUGCACAGCAUAGUGCCAUUAAAAUGUUACAUUCGAGAGUUCGUUUGGUUUUAGAGUAUAUGAAAGCUGUACAAAAUGGUCAGUUGCCAAGAAAUCAUGAAAUACUUAGAGAAGCUUAUUCUUUAUGUAACAGGUUACCUGUUAUCGAUGGAGCUAGAUUUAGACAAGAUUUCUAUAAUCAAUGCAAUGAUGUUGGAUUAAUGACGUACUUAGGAACACUUACGAAAGGCUGCAAUGAUUUGAAUCAGUUUGUGAAUAAAUUCAAUAUCCUUUAUGACAGGCAAGGAGUAGGACGUAGAAUGAGAGGUAUUUUCUUUUAAUAAUCAUAGUGAUAAUAAAAAAAACAUUCAGAGUUGUAUUAUUUAUUAAAAUUUUGUAAUAAACAAUCCUAUAAGUACAUUCUUCUUUCUUAAAUGUGAGUCAUAAGUAACUGAAUAGCAAGUGAAGUAACGAUUUAAAAUUGGAGCAAAUGAACAGUUUCCAUUAUAAAAAGUUUACUUUCAUUAUUUAUUCACUUUUAAACCAGAUGUAAAUAUUCAAAAAAAGUUUGUAUAAAAGUAGGAAGACCGUGCGCUUUCUGUAUAGGCACUGGUUUUUACAAAACACAACCUCUAAAACAUUAUCGUUUAUAUUAAUAAUAAAUAUCCAAUUAGAAAAACUAUUUGUGUUACCACAGUUGGUGAGUGUGUUUUUUCUUACAGAAAAUCCUUUUUUUUUACCUAUUUUUAACUAUUCUCAACAUAUUUGACUCUAAAUCCCUUUUAUUUUACAAAUAAGUAGAAUAUA